GAGCGCUGCUGUCCAAGCAAGAAAACAACACAUCAAUCGGACACUUCGCGCAUCUCGCCAGUGCUGGAAAGAGGAAGAAAAAGAAGCCUUCAUCGUAGAAUGCCGUGCAUUUUGAAGUGGGUUUGAGCUGUUUUUGGUGUCAGGUUUUUCGAGGAAAAAGUGCAGAAAAGCGCGUUGCUACCUGCCCAAAUGGACACCGACACCAUUCCGGAUGUUCCCAAUGAUAAUCCGGAGACGUACUGUCGGCUCUGUUUUUCGGGUUUCUACGUGGAACCGGUGUACCCCCGGGAUGGGCCACCGCGUGACGCGUUGUUGGACCUAAUCUCGCAGCACGUGGACAUUCACCUGUCGCCGGAUGCGGACCACUCGUGUAUGGUGUGCCGGAUGUGUCAGAUGACGCUGGAGAGCUUUCACAAGUACCGGACGCGCUGCCGAGCGCUGGACGAAGUGCUGCAGCGAAGGCGUCUCGAGUUGGCCGAGUUCCGCGUGAAGGAGGAACCCGCGGAGCAGCCUGCGCCGGUUCGGGGCUUCGAGAGGGACACGAUUUAUUGUCUGAGUGACAGCGAUGACGACGAGUGUGGUGGCGGCGGAGAUCAAGCAGGGGAAGAACUGGAACCGGAGGACGUGUAUGAAGAAGUGGACGAAGACGAGGAAGCCGACGAAGAGGAUUUGAUCCGGGGCGAUAUGCUCGUCAAGCCGGAACCUUACGGAGUGGACGGACGAGCGGCAGAUUAUGAAGAAGGUGGUGGAGUCGGGCAAGAAGAGUACCGGGAGCCACCAAUGCUUAUCCGGAAGAGGGAACGCGUUGAUACGAAUGAGGUGGUCCUGUUGGACUCGGAUGAAGAAGAUGGUGGUGGUGGUGGUGGUGGUGACGGCGAUGAUGGAGAAAGAUCGAUGGCUGCAUCUACGAGAGCAAGCAGUGAAGCACCAGGGCAGGCGGAUGAUCCUGAACCGGACAGGGCUUUGCCGUAUGAAGUCACUGAAGAUGGCGCGUACCGGUGUACCAUCUGUAAGGAGUCGUUCCGUUUGAUGAAGGAGAUCAAGUUGCACAUCCGCAAGGCCCAUCCGAAGGAUUCGCUGAUUUACUCGUGCAAGCAUUGUCCCAAAAAGUUCUGGGACCUUAGUGUUUUGCGCGUUCACAACCGCUAUCACACCAUGGAUUUCCCGUUCACCUGUGAUGAGUGCGGGGCCAAGUUUCAUUUGAAGGAACGGAUGGACAUUCACGUGGCCAAGUACCACGACAAAAACUCGCCCCAAUAUUCGGAAAAGCGGUUCAACUGUCCGCUAUGUCCGCGCAUUUUCAUGCAGGAGCAAGGCCGCCAGAGACACAUUCGCAACUUCCACGAAGUACGGCCGGACACAUUGGAGAUGGAGAACAGCCCGCUGCCCAACAGCUUCGUCUAUUACUGUGAGCCAUGCGAGGUGUCGUUCGAAACGCUGGAAGAAUCGCAGGCGCACAUUGCCGAGAAGCAUCCGCGCGAGGAAGGGGAAGAAGCGGACGCCAAUCCAGCAACGGUGGUGACCAAACGUUGCAAGUGUCCAGACUGUGGCAAGCUGUUCCGCAGCAGAACCGCUUUCAGGUCGCACCAUUUGUCGAACCAUGUCAGCAACAUGCCGGUGGUUUGUGAUGUAUGUGGAAGUGGAUUUUUAAGAAAAUCACAGCUAAUUCACCACAAAAACCGCUGGCACGGCGAGAAUGCCAGGAACAAGGGUGCAUUGGAACGCUACAAGUGUGAUCACUGCGAGCGCUUUUUCAUGCGGAACCAGGAUCGAAUCAGGCACGAACAGAUCAUUCACCAAAUUGAAACUCCGGAGAAACUGCCCGCCGUCUGGGAGGGUCGCAAGAGUAACUUCCCCUGUUCCAAGUGUGACCGGAAGUUCCCCACGAUGAAGACCAUGCGAAUUCACUUUUCGCUCAAACAUCCGGAUGUUGCUGUUCGAUUCAAGUGCACUGUGUGCUCUAAACUGUUCAAACACAAGCAAACUUUACGAGACCACAUGACCAACCAUACCGGAGAACAGCCUUUCUUCUGUUCCGAUGAGCAGUGUAACGAGCGGUUCAUUCGCAAGAAGGAUUACGAUCGCCACAUGCUCGACUUCCACGGACCGGAUGAUUCUGGCGAUGAGGAGAAAAAGAAACGGUUCCCAUGUCCGCACUGUCCGCGGAAGCUGCUAUCUCGCGUGGCGCGGCUUAUGCACAUCCGGCACCAUCACAAGGACGUAUCAGAGUCGGCUUCAGCAGCCAAGCAAUUCCUUGACGAUCUUCCCAAAGAUUCGAAUCAAUGCACAUACUGUCCGAAGGUCUUCAACAACCGUAACACUCUGAAGCUGCAUAUGAUGAACCACAUGGGCAAACUGCCACAUCCGUGUGAUCAAUGCGACGCCAGCUUUUACAAACCAACCGACCUGCAAAAACACAAACUUCGUUACCACCCCGGAGGUUCUGCGUUAAGUCUCGCCAACCGUUUCAAGUGCGCCUACUGUCCGCGUGUCUUUGUCCGGAAAACUGGCCGACGCUAUCACCAAACCGUUUUCCACGGCGUAAAGGCUCCUACUCGAAAGGGCGCUGGCGCUCCUUCUCGCGGCAAGGCCCGAAUUAAACCCGAUCCGGAUAUGGUUUAUCCGUGCGCACUUUGCUCACUCACCUUCAAGUCCAGCACGAUGAUCCAAGAACACCACCAACAACAACACCCGGACCAGGAAUUGUUCUACAAGUGUCCCCAUUGUCCACAUCGCACCGUCAAUCGUCAAGCGUUCCUUUCCCACAUUCGACUACAUUCCGGUGGACCUCGUUACCAGUGCAACGAAUGCACGGCAACGUUUGAUCGCAAAAUCUCGCUGGUCACGCACACGAAACGCUACCACGGCACGGAAUCCAAGAACGGAAGCCCAGCGGUGGCCAUGUUUAAGUGCUCCGUGUGCCCGCGCGAAUUUAUGCGCAACCAGGAUCGCGUUCGGCACCAGGUGCAGAUGCACAACUACCGCUCCAAGGCAACCGCCGACAACGACGAAAAUCCGGGACCUUCCAAACCGGCCGGUCGGAUCAAAAUCAAGCAGGAACGCAUCGAUCCGAAGCCAGCGGCGGCAUCGAGGGACGGUUUCAGCGUGUCCAGUGACGUCGAGGAGGAAGCGGAACUCAUUACGGCGGAUAAUGAUCACGUCAGAGGUGAAGCAGAAGAGGAAGUGCCAUCGGUGCCGACCAUCUCGUGCGUCGUGUCGAUCAAGGAGGAAGCGAUGGCCGCGAGACGUGACGCGGAAUUUUAAGUAAUGCUGCCGAAGGCAGCGAAAGAGAAAGCUAUCCUAAAAUAUAUAAGGUACUUUGACGUCAACAUUUCAGACAGCGCUAUGUUACAUUUGAAAUGUGUGGUCGAUCUUGCUAAGCAGAUGCAUUUAUUCGAGAAAUUUUAUUAAUAAAAUUGUGGCAUUUCAGAGCGU